AUGCAUUACGCCAGCAGUAGCUGCUUCCUGCAUGGUGACUACGUGCGAGCUUCUGUGUUUGCGGCCCGGGCGCUGGCGGCUUUUACCGUGUGCGAGGGUGCUGAGGGCCAGAAUGCGCGGGCCUAUCGCGGCCUGAGGCAGGGUCUCGACAGUACCAUACGAUCUAAGAAGCCGCUGGCUGUGGUCGCCCGAGCAGUAGUCUAUUCCACGAAAGCAAGGUGCACACUAAGCCCGAAGAGCAAGGAGCGAAGAAGUACACCCUAA